ACAAGUUAUACUCCAUAUUAACAAAAGUUCUCUGUUUAUCAAUGGCUGAAGUGUACGGAGUUUCUUUCUACAGUGACCAAAUAGAGGUUACUGUAACCAAGAAUGCAGUCGCGGUUAAUGACUGGAUUUUGCAUACUAUUCAUAUUCAUAGGCGAAGACUACACAAGCUCCUUAUUGGUCUUGAUAUCGAGUGGCUCCCGUAUUUCAAUCCAAAAGACAAACAACCAGUUGCUCUUCUCCAACUUUGUGUAGGCCGACGUUGCCUUCUUUUUCAACUCCUACACAAAGAUUCCAUGCCCGGAUACCUCGCACAAUUUCUGAGUAACCCUAAUUUUACAUUCGUUGGUGUCGGGGUUGAAGGAGAUGCUGAGAAGUUGAUGUGUGAUCACAGGCUUUUCGUGGCGAAUACUGUGGAUUUGAACCAACUUGCAUUGUUGUAUUAUGGAGAAUAUGUGUAUGGAAAGAUGGGUUUGAAGAGAAUGGCAAAAGCAGUACUUGGGAAAAUAAUGGAAAAGCCAAAGGAUAUUACUUUGAGUAAGUGGGAUGCAGAGGAUUUGUGCUAUGAACAAGUUGAAUAUGGUGCUAUUGAUGCUUUUGUCUCGUUUGAGAUUGGAAAAAAAUUGUUUAAUGAAAUGGCAGAGAGAGAGAAGGAAUUGAAUUGCCAUUAUCAGCCAUGGCAGUUGCUACAAGAAACACAGGGGAUGUUUCAAAAUCUUGCUCUGUUUUGA